AUGGCAUGGAAACAACUUGAGAUUGACAAAGUUCAUUUAGCUCUAAUUGUUACAGGAGGAUUUAUUACUAUAUUCUGCUAUACAUCUAGAAUUAUUCGCGAGCGGCUACUGGUAGGCGAAGCAACCUUGGGUAGUGUUGUCGGUCUCAUAUUUGGACCACAUGCUGCCAAUCUAAUUAACCCAAAAUCAUGGGGGAACGUGGAAUAUGUAACGAUUGAAUUAUGUAGAAUGGUAAUUAAUGUUCGAGUUUUUGCUUCUGGGGUUGAAUUACCAGCUGCGUACUUUCAACAACAUUUUAGCAGCAUUUUUAUGAUGCUGAGUAUGAUUAUGAUUUUUGGAUGGUUGAUUUCAGCUGGAUUUGCUUACGCGUUAUUUCCCAACAUCACAUUCUUAGGAUCUCUGCUAGUUGCAGGAUGUAUAACUUCAACAGAUCCUGUUCUAUCUUCGCUGAUAGUAGGAGAAGGUGCCAUUGCGAAAAGAAUUCCUCAGAGAAUUCGUGCAUUACUGAUUGCUGAAUCCGGAUGUAAUGAUGGGAUGGCUGUUCCUUUUUUGUACUUUGCCUUGAAACUCUUGACAGUGAAACCAUCCAAUCAUGCGGGUCGAGACUGGGUGCUUUUGAUUGUCCUUUACGAAUGUGCCUUUGGGAUUUUUUUUGGUUGUUUAUUGGGGAUUUUCUUAGCAAAAUUACUGAAAUGGUUUGAAAAGCUAAAAUUUAUUGAUGCGAAUAGUUAUUACUCGUUAUCAUUUGCUAUUCCUUUGAUGUGUUCAGGAAUCGGAACAAUCAUUGGAAUUGACGAUUUAUUAUUAUCUUUCUUUACGGGUGUAAUGCUCGCAUGGGAUAAUGUGUUUGUCGACAAUAUGUCCGAGUGCUAUGUACCAUCGUUCAUCGACCAAACUUUUAAUUUGCUGUUCUUUACUUAUUUCGGAAGCAUCAUCCCCUGGGAGAAAUUUAACUGGCCUCAGAUGGAGCUUCCAGUUUGGCGCUUGAUUGUAUUCACAAUUCUAAUACUCUUCUUUCGUCGCAUUCCAGCUGUCUUUUUAUGCAAACCAGUUAUCCAAGAUAUUCAAACUUGGAAAGAAGCCCUGUUCGUCGGCCAUUUUGGACCUAUAGGUGUAUGCGCCGUGUACAUGGCUUUCGUGGCGACAUCAAUGCUUACUCCAGAUGAAAUAGAAAGUUUGGUCUAUAAAUCUACAGACGAGUUUUUCAUUCUUCAUGAGUUACUAUGGCCAAUCGUUUGUUUUGUUAUUUUAUCUUCAAUCAUCGUUCAUGGGUUCAGUGUUCCGGUUCUUAUUUACGGUGAAAAACUGAAAAGUCUGUUUUCGCGACAAAAGUUCUAUGACCCCGCAACAGAGGUGGACGAAAAGUCAAUAAAACCUUCAGAAACCAAAGAGAGUUAA